AUGGGCAAAUCAAAGACGAAAUCCGCUUCCAGAUCUAUUGGAAAAUGGAAAUUAAUACCAAAUCAAAGAAGCAAAUCAGAAAGCAAAGGUCUGAAAUCGAUAGAAGACGAACAAAAAAACAAGAAACGACGGGAAAAAAGCGAGGAUAAGUCGAAAGACGAAGCAGAAGCUAAACAGAAGAAAGAGAAGGAGGCGAAAAAAAACAACGAGUUUGAGCAGCACAGUGUAUUCGAGGAAGUCGAGGGUCCCGCUCAACCAUGUCAAACUCAAACGCACGGUGUCAAAAAUAAAAUGCGAUGGAAGAUCGACGUGCAGCCAGUCGAUGUGAAUGGCGAUCCCAAGAUUCCCGACAUUAUUGAGAAGAUUCGAAUUCUGAAAAAGAAGGGCAAACAUGCGAAGAAGGAGAUCACGUCGAGAAGUAGAGAAUCUACGGACGAUGAUGCGUUUGAAGACGAUAUUAUCCUAUGCGGUCGAAUUAUGGCGAUGAUGCGAAUUGGCAAGUUGAUCGAGAAGGAGAUCAGCGAGUCGGAUCAGGAGAUUCUCAAGAACUAUUGCCGGUGUGGAGGCGAUGAGGACAAAGCAACUCCAAUUAUCGAGAAGAUUGUCGAAAAAACGCUGGCGAGUGUGGUGGCGAAAAACGAGAAUUGUCGAACGCCGACGGUGCCCGGAGAAUUGCGAAUGUUUGCUGUUGAGGAAUCGAAAGCCAAAAUCCCGUUGACUGCCGUUCUUCAUGUUCGCAAAGAUUUGCUGUACGUCUCGUGGUCGAAAGCCGCCGAAAUCGAAUCAGAAACGACGGACGCCACUUGGGCAAUGAUGACAACGAAGAAAAAGAAAGAAGGCGACAAAGAAUCCAAGGAAGAGACCAAAUAG